CCCUCCGCCAAUGAGAGCUGCGGUUUUAGGGGAAAACUCAACUGAAGGGAACAAGAUGGCUGCGGGACACAGAGAGAGUCUCCCUUCUUCGCAAACGGAGGAUUUAAACAUCCGCAAACUUCUGAAACUGCUCACCUAACCUGCUUUGGUGCCCGCUCGUCACGUUUUCCUCAAGUCCUGCGGUUUGGUCGGUCACAGGGAUUUCCAGACGCCCUGUUUUCCUCAAAACUCUUCACUUUGUCUUUUUUCGCGUUUCUGUUCCGAGCUCAUUUAAGCAGCCGGGAUUAGUUGGUUAGAAGGAAAACAGCGGUUUCGUUGCGAUUUAACAAUCUGGAAGAGAAAUCUGCUUCUUUAAAAUAACGUAAUGGAAAGUUUUCCUUCAUUAAAUUGGUGAGGCUUUGUGUGUUGGUGUUUUGAUUCUUUUAGGCGGUGUUUGUAAACACGCCCAUAUUCAUUAAACUGUCUAUAAGAUGAACAGUUUUUCUGCUGUAAAACCAAGGUCUGAAUUAUGAGCUCGAACCGACUCCGCUCCCCGCAGCAGCAGCCCCAGCCGGCUCCAGCCUCCUUACCGCCGAGCGAGGCCAUUGAGCUGGGCACAGUGCCUCACUCAGCGGCCGAGGAGGAGAGCCCGUGCCCGCCCGCCUCCAGCUCCAGACAGGCGUGGAGCCGGGACAACCCUGGUUUUGAGCCCGAGGAGGGUCUAAUGGGGGCCAGCUGGGCCCCGGAGAGCCCCGGACGGAGGUCUCUGUCCACGGCUUCCAGCGGCAGCAGCGGCCUGGGGAGCUUCAGCGGCAGGAUCCGCGGAGGACUUUCCCUCGGGCGACCAGCAGAGGGCACCCAGCACGGCUGGAGCAAGAGGAUACUGUCAAAAAUCAGAGUUUUGUGGGGAACACGUCUGAUGGAGGAGAAUGACAGCAGCAGGGAGGUGUAUCUGAAGAACGUUCUGAGGGAGAUGGUCACCUACAUCUUCUUCCUCAUCACUCUGUGCAUCAUAACAUAUGGGAUGGUGAGCACCAACAUGUACUUUUACACCAAAGUCAUGUCUCAACUCUUCGUGGACACACCAGUGUCAAAUGGAGAUCCUACCACCUUCAAGACCCUCUCAACCAUGGAGGAAUUCUGGAAAUACACAGAGGGGCCUUUUCUAAAUGGGAUGUACUGGGAUGUGUGGUACAACAACAAGAGCCUGCCAGAGAACCAGAGUCUCAUCUACUAUGAGAACCUUCUCCUAGGAGUUCCUCGCCUCCGCCAGGUCAAAGUACUCAACAGGUCCUGUCCUGUGCAUGAGGACCUGAAGGACGAGGUCUAUGACUGCUACAGCACCUACUCACCUGCCAGUGAGGACAAGGCACCCUUCGGCCUCAAAAACGGCACAGCGUGGGUGUAUUCUGAGGAGAGCUCUCUUGGAGAGGGUAGCUUUUGGGGUGAAGUGGCCACGUACAGAGGAGGGGGUUACUACCAAGACCUGUCCCGUACCCUAGAGGAGUCCGCCAGGCAGCUGCGAGGGCUAAAGGACAACCUGUGGCUGGACCGUGGCACCAGAGCGGUGUUCCUUGACUUCUCCGUCUAUAAUGGCAAUGUCAACCUCUUCUGCAUCGUCAGAUUGCUAGUAGAGUUUCCUGCCACCGGAGGCGCUGUGACAUCUUGGCAGUUCCAGACAGUGCGUCUAGUGCGGUACAUAUCCAGCUGGGACUACUUUGUUGGUACAUGUGAGGUGGUCUUCUGCCUCUUUGUGCUCUACUACAUGGUGGAGGAGGUGCUCGAAAUACAUCUGCACCGCCUGCACUACUUCAAGAGCCUCUGGAACUGUCUGGACGUCGCCAUAGUAACACUGAGCAUCCCUGCCAUCAUCAUGAACAUCUACAGGACAUCAGCGGUCAGUAACAGGCUGAGGUACUUGCUGGAGAACCACAGCACAUAUCCAAACUUCGAACCGCUCGCUCAGCUGCAGGUUCAGUUCAACAACCUGGCUGCAGUCAUCGUCUUCCUCGCCUGGGUCAAGCUCUUUAAGUUCAUCAACUUCAAUAAAACCAUGAGUCAGCUGUCCACCACGAUGUCCAGAUGUGCAAAGGAUCUGCUGGGCUUCGCCAUCAUGUUCUUCAUUGUGUUCUUGGCAUACGCGCAGUUAGCUUACCUGGUGUUUGGCAACCAGCAUAAUGACUUCAGUACCUUCCAGGCCUGCAUUUUCACACAGUUCCGGAUCAUUCUGGGAGACUUUGACUUCUCUGAGAUUGAACAGACGAACAGAGUCCUGGGGCCAAUCUACUUCACCACCUUUGUCUUCUUUAUGUUCAUGAUUCUGUUGAACAUGUUCUUGGCUAUCAUCAAUGACACAUACUCAGAAGUGAAGGCUGACAUGGCGCAACAAAGAUCUGAAAUGGAGAUUGCAGACCUCAUUAAAAAGGGAUACCACAAGGCGAUGGUGAAACUGAAGCUGAGGAAGACUACGGUGGAUGACAUCUCCGACAGCUUACGCCAGGCUGGAGGGAAACUCAACUUUGAUGAACUCCGACAGGACCUGCGAGGAAAGGGACACUCAGAUGCUGAGAUAGAAGCUAUUUUUGCCAAAUACGAUUUGGACGGAGACCAGGAGCUUACUGAGCAUGAACACCAGCAGAUGAGGGACGACCUGGAGAAAGAGAGAGACUUGGAUCUGGAGCGUAGUUCGCUGCCCAGGCCCCUGAGCGGACGGAGCUUCUCUCGCAGUCAGGACGACUCGGAAGAGGAUGACGACGAAGACAGUGGACAUAGCUCCCGUCGCCGUGGCAGCAGCUCUGGGGGCGUGUCUUAUGAGGAGUUCCAAGUAUUGGUGCGGAGGGUGGACCGUAUGGAGCACUCGAUUGGUAGCAUUGUGUCUAAGAUCGACGCAGUCAUUGUGAAGCUGGAGGCCAUGGAGAGAGCCAAGCUGAAGAGGAGAGAAGUGCUUGGCCGAUUGCUGGACGGUGUGAUAGAGGAUGAGAGGAUGGGAAGGGAUACAGAGGUUCACAGGGAGCAGAUGGAGAAGCUGGUACGAGAGGAGCUCGAGCGCUGGGAGUCAGAUGAUGCCAUCUCUCAAGUCAGCCAUCAGCAGGCCACUCCAGUUGGCCCUGGAGCUCAGGCCCGUCCUCGCAGCGCCCGCCCCUCCUCCUCACUGUCCACUGAGGGUCAAGACGCUGGGGGCAUUGGGAGUGGACACUUGUAAGUCCACUCCUGCUCAUCCCACUGCCAUAAGAAGUAUUACUGAAGUUCAUAAUUACAUCAAUGUUAUAGGUUGUAUGCUGCAGUUUAUUCACAUUGUGCAGAAAAAAGGUAGCCAGGAUUGUGUUUCCAGGAUUUGUGCUGGUAUAGGUACCCGUUUAACAUCGAACUGCAGUGGUCUAUCUGCGAAAUGGACACUGCAGAAGACAGUAUUAUCAAAUGAAUAAGACUAAGGAUUGUAUUGAGGACUAGGCAGCACCAGAGCAAAUGUGUUUAGGUUUUUUUGGUUUUAGGUGCAUUACUAAGUGGGGUGAUACAGCCGCCCCAAAACGUCUUUGGACACUUUAAUCAUGGAAAUUUCUUGAAACUUUAAUGACAGUCUUUAAGUUACUUCAUAAAAUAGAAAAACAACAUCACAAUAUCCAUAUGAUGGUUUUCUCUGUGUGGAGAUGAUUUCUAACAGUCUGCACUAAGGGCUGUGUAAAGCACAGAGGUGGAAACGUCAGUCUUGGGCUGUUUUUCUUACAUUGGUGUUGAUGCCAGGGUGCACAACUCCGGUCUUGGAGGGCAGUUUGGUCACCUCCUUGCUCAAGCACACCUGACAACACUCCUCUGUUGCCAGGUUUAGUGGGUGUCUGUGAGCAGGGGAACCACCAAACUGCACCAGGUGCCGGCCCUCCAGGACCAGAGUUGUGCACUCCUAAGUUAAUGAGCUUUUGUUCGUUGAUGUGUUCAGAAGUGUACAAAGGCAAUUUGGUUGCAAACCUACACACUUAAAGACGGUUCUUCAAGAGUUCUUUAAUUAAAAAAAUGGUUCUAUAUAGAACAAUGAACAUUGUGUAUAUAGAACAGAGAACCCUGUACAUGAUCAAACAGUUUGCAUCAUGAAAGUGUUCUUCAUAUUGAUGGAGGAUGUGCUGUAUAAGGUUCUAUACAGAGCAUUUUUAUAAAGGGUUCUAUAUAGCACCAAAAAGCGUUCUUCUGUGGUUACAAGCUUAACAUCAUAAUAAUUGCAGAGCUCGUUUUGGUGCUUUAUAGAACCCUUUUCAAACAAUGUUCUUUAUAAAACCAUUUACAGCAGAUUCUCCAUUAAUCUGAAGAACCCUUUCAUUAUGCAAAGAACCCUUUAAGCAUGCAAAGGUGUUCAUGGUUCUGUACAGAACAAUUUUCCUUACUUUUAAGUUUUACUAAACUCUUGAUAAACCCUCUUUUUAAGAGUGUCCAGAGCAGGAUCUGCAAAGAAGCUGUUCAAACAAUAAUGAUCUGAAACACCGACUGUAUUGUGAAAGACCACCUGGUCUGUUUAAAAUAAAUGCCACUUUGUGUGACAUUUACUGUCCCAGAUAUAAAACACUUUUUAUGGUACAAAUGUCCAAAUACUUUUUGGGGCAACUUUAAGUAUGAAGGUUUUGAAUAUGCAAAAAGGUCUGAGAUAAAGGUGUAAUAUUUCUUUUAAUACACAUAUAUCAACUAGUUUUGCAUUGAAGUCAUCAAGCAAUGAAAGCGUCAGUUUCAUGUGGGUGAAAUACAUUAUUCCCUGUUACUGUAGGAGGAGCCGUCACUCCAGGCCUGAGCUUUACAUUCCACAUUUUGAAGAAUUGCAUGUUUUUUUUCCAGUGCAGGUCAGGAUGGGUGCAGCAAAUGAAGAUGAGUAAUCUUUUUAAUCUAGGUUGAACAGAGCCAUGUGGCAGGUGCCCAGCCUACAGUGAAGCAUGAAUGUGCUGUAGGAGUGUGUUAACAUUACCAGACAAUAAACUACACGACAACAAGCUGAACCAUAUGCCACAGUUACGCCGAGACAGCAGACAAGUUACCUUGUCAGCAGCUGUAUUUUUCAUUAUUUACCUUUAAGACUACAAACGUCUCUCCUUUAUUCAAUAGUUUAAAAGCAUUUCCCCUAUUCACCGUCAUUAUGUAUGAUUCAUGUAUACAAGCCUAAACUGCUAGCUUGACAUCUUGAAUUAUUUUCUCUCUCUUUUUUCUCUGAAAAACAGCCAGCUUCAGAAUAUCAGCAUUCCUGCAGCUUAUUACGUGCAAAAUGAGAAGAGUGUUACAUAUUUAUAGCGCUGGAUUUGGAAAAUAGUAUUAUAAUCAUAUUACAAUAGUAUUUCCAUCCAGGGCAAUUUCUCAAAAACAGUGAAUAGAUUUUGUUGUUUUUAACAUAUUUGAGGUCUUAGAAGAUAAAAUAUACUUCCACAUAAAGUGUCCUCCACAAAUAUUGGCAUCCUUGGUAAAUAUUGUUUAUUGCUUAUCAUUUUGAUCUUUCAGUGUAACAAAAAUCUAGCCUUUAAGUAUAAUAGUUAAAAGAAAAAACUAAAUCUUAUGAAAUAUUUUUCUUAAGUCUGUUCAUUAAAUCUCUUCAUUUAAUAUUUCAUCCCAAAUUACAGUUAUGUAGUUGACAUGUGAUUGUAGUUUGAGAGAUGUUUUGACUCCAAGACUUGACUAACGUCUGCAGUUUCCUAUCAUUGAUCCUUGGAGAUUCUUUGGCCGCUCUAUCCAGCCUCCUCACUGUGAGUGGGGUCAGUAUAGACAUGCGUCCUCUUUCUGGCAGACUCUUAACAUCUCCAGUUGCUUUAAACGUCUUAAUUAUUGCCCCAGUAGGGGAAAUGUCCUUUUUUAUCUGUUUAACUAUUUUUGUACUGGUCUUUCUCAUAGUGAUAAAUGGCUAAAGCUGCAUACAAAAUCACAUAAUACUGUACGACACAGACCCCAGUAGUAAAUAGACUUCUAUUGGUGGUGUACUAUUUAGUAUUUAGGAAUCGUUAUUUACUAUUUACUUUGGUAGUUUGCAGUUUUGGAUGCAGCCAAAGAGAGUUUGGCCAGUGUGUCACCUCAUAUUUAUACCCCAGUGAAAAAAGGUCAUGGUUGACCAUUUUCAGUGUUACUUAAAAUUAAAAGCAUAUAAUAAUAGCACUAUACUUCAGUUAGAUUUGACACAUUUGACACAAAUUUUUAAAAAUAUUUCUUGAAAAUAUUUAAUUUUGUUUCAUUUGAUCAUUGUGCUUCAAAUAAAGCUUCAAUUUUUGUUAAUAUUUUUAAUGAAAUAUUAAAAGCAUAAGCAAUAAAGAAUGCUUUUACAGCCAGUUUUGCUCAUGUUUACUAGGGGUGCCAGUAGAGGGCACUGUCCAUCAUUUCAACUCAUUCAUAUUACUGAAGGCAUUUUAAAUGAAGGCGCUUUGACGCUGGUACUUUUAAUUAUUUUACAAGGAGAUUUGGCACAGCUGUAUGAAUUGUAAUGUAUUUAAAGCACAAGCAUUUCCUCAGUAGGAAGCUCUCACGCAUAUUUCAACUAGAAAUGAUUUUCUGUUGUAAGUUUGCGUUCAACAUCAUUUACUAUAGUUGAACGAGUGGCAUGUUCUGUCAUGUAUGUCUGCACUAGGUGAUGUAUAACUUCUCAAAUGUAUUUUCUUAUUUUAUACAUAUUGUAACUUGAAACAAACUUCGAUUUGGAGUGCAUCUGCUUUCUUAGGAAGCCCGUGUGAGUUUGACUCGUAUAGCUGGAUUUGCAAAGCUUUUCUCUGGUGUCAGUUUUGCCUCGGCAAUAUGGUACAAUGGCUUAGUUCUUGACACUUUUUGGGUAUUUCAUUUUCCUUUUAUGCUACUGAUGUUCAGUAUGCUGUUUUGAUAUGACAUGUUAUUAUUUGAUAUUUUGUAGCACCGGCAGUUUGUUACAUUUUUAAACAAAUGGACAGAACUUGUAUCAGCAAACAGCUCUGUAAAUUUGGCUCUGUACUGUGCUUUAUGGUACUUUGUAGUCCUGUGUAUGUUCUAAUCAGUAUUACUGUUUUAAUAAAAUCGAAAUUUAAUGUAUGCAGACUUUCA